AUGCGUCCACGUUUUCCGAUACGCAGAAUACCACUUCUUCGACCUUUCCGCCCACCUAAUACUUCAUCGCCAAGAUUCUUCACUCAAAGUCUUAAACCAGGCUUCUCACAAUCUCUCACUCAUACAACCUUUCGCCGUCCAACUCCUCGUCCUCAAUUUCCUUACCUCUCUUCUACUCAUCGCAAACCUGCUGUCGUUCGAUAUAUUUCUACGGAAACGAAAAAUUGGCUCAAAUCUGAGUUCAUUAAAGCUGGAAAAUAUAUAAUAUUCAUUUAUGUUGGUGUGAAUUUGUUCUUAUUUGUGGCAUGGGGAAUCCAUCAAGAAUGGCUCAAUCACCAAUUCCCAAGUCCCGGAGAAUGGAGGUGGAGGACGAGGGUUAUUUACAGGAUGACUAUGGAUAAUGAGGAAGGAGAGGAAGGGCUCGAAAGAUUGAUUCCAGUCAACUGGCAGAAUUUGGGAAUUGGAUAUAGAGAGCUUUUAGAGAGACUAGAGGAUCCGAAACUUGAUGGAAAGGAUAUAGAGGAACAAGAUGAGGGAGGGAUCUUGGUUGCUGGGGUCGGUAAAGCUGGGUACGAUAUCACCAAAAAAUCAGAGGAAUGGAGAAGAGGUUAUUAUGGCGUAUUGAUGGGAGCGGCGAACACAGCAGAGCAUCUGGAUGAUUGGGUCAAUGACACGACGAGAGAUAUAUGGUUCCCGAAAAACCAAAUGCGCGGUCCAUCGAAUCCUAAACCGAAACCAAUCAAAGUCGGUUCUCCUCCUCCUCCGAAGGAAGAAAACUGCGAAAAGGCCUACGAUCCACCGGAAAAGUUCUACAUGCGCAUUCUUACCACCAAAGGAUUUACAGAGAAACAGAGGGUAGAUGCAGCCUUGGCAUAUGCUGCUUGGUUAGAUUUCAAGAAAACCCCAGAAGCGGCUAUGGAGAUGUACAAAUGGGCAAUGGACAUCUCGACAUCUUCCGACCCAUCGUCUUCGUCGAUCGAUCCCAACACGCAUACAUUGAAUAUUGAUGCAGGCCCGCCAUCUGAAAAUCUAUUGAAUACAUGCACAGCACUUGCAAUUCAUCAUGCGACACACUCUAACAUCUCGAAAUCACUUCCGAUCUUUCUUUCCAUCCUCAGGGCGAGGAAAAGCCUUCCAGCUCCGCAGCAACAUAUGAUUGACACUCUCACCGUAGAUGAUGAAGAACCACCAAUGUGGAAGACUGUAUGGAAAUUUCUCUCAGAAACCCUUUCACCACCCGCCUACCCACCUGCUCCAUCUGAUGGUACAUCCUCGCCUGUGCGCAAUCCUAAGGAACUAUGCGAAGAAGCAAUUCUUAUGACGUAUAUCGGAGAAAUUCUCUACACCUCUAAUUCCGGCAUUAAAAGCAAAGAAGAUGGCCUAGCUUGGACAAGGGAAGCGGUUGAUAUAUCGGAACUAGAAUUGAGGAAGAGAAGGGCUUUAGAUAAGGAGUCGAAGAAAGUUUGCAAGUCUUGUCUAGAAGUUGGAUUGGGCAACUGGCAAAAGAUGGUCAGAAACCUAGCAGAAGAUGAGAAGUUGAAAAAAGGUAACGGAGAGAAUGCCAAGGGAGGAUGGUUAGGAUUUGGAGGAAAGCUAGAGACAACCGGCCGAUGGGAGGCCGAAGAAAACGUAGUGAGCGAUAGGAUAAGGAGAGCAAAGGAUGUACUACCUGAAAGGAGAAUUGGAGAGGUGGAAGACCGAAGACCACCGCCACCUAGUACAGGAGGCAGAACAUGGUAA